UCUCGCCCAUACCAUACCGCCGUAUAUACCCUCAUAAUCUUCCUUUCUCCUACUUCUCUUGACGCUCGGAUCGACGUUAUAAUACAGUCCUCUUGAGCUACAAUCGAAGACAUAUAUACCCGAGACCUGCAGAAUGGCAACCACGAUACCCCCACAGGACAUGACAGAGCGAGCCAUGCCGGCACGCCGCGAUACAAAUUCAACAGAGAUCGGACCGACAGAAAGAGGCAUGACGAAUAACUCCGAAGGACAAGCAUAUCCCUCGACGUCCCCACCAGAUCCCGAGUCGUCAUCGAACAAGGGAUCGAGGCGGUCGGAAGAAGCGCCGGUUGCGGCCACGCAUUCGACUCUAGAGGUAGACGUCGAGGAGGCCGUAGGGGAAAAGCCGAUCGUGCUGGAUAUUGAGCAUGUGCCGGUGGAUGACGAUCCGAGAGAGUGGAGCGAACGGAAAAAGACCGUCGUCCUCAUCAUGGUCGCCUUUGCCGCCCUCUCCCCCACGCUAGGCGCAUCGAUCUACAAUCCAGCAUUCGAACAGCUUAGGGAACAGCUGGGCGCCACGGAUACCGAGCUGAGUCUGAGCGUGAGCUUGUUCAUCCUCUUUCAAGGCGGAUGGCCGAUUUUCUGGUCGAGUAUUGCCGAGGUCACGGGAAGAAAGGUCAUAUACCUCGUUAGCAAUGCCAUCUUCAUUGUCGGCACCAUCGUCGCUAGCAGAGCACAGAACAUGACCGUCCUGAUCAUCAUGAGAUUGUUGCAAGGAUUCGGAAGCGCGGCCGUCUUAAGCGUAGGCGCAGGUUCGCUAGCUGAUAUGUAUGAGAAGCACGAGAGGGGAACCAAAAUGGGCGUAUACUAUGCCGUUCCUCUGAUCGGACCUGCUCUUGGAUCGGUGAUUGGGGGUAUUCUGACUUCAGCCUCGUCCUGGCGAGCGACAUUCUACCUCCUGGCAGCGUUUGGGGGCGUCUCGUUCUCCUCGUUCAUCUUCUUUCCGGACAGCUGGAGGAGAGAACGAUCCCAGCUAUACCAAAAGGCCACUCAGAGAGCCAUCAAGCGAGCUCUGGAACAGGACGUGCAUGAUGAGAAGAAACGGAUCAAGAAGCGAGAGAAGGGGUUGAAGAGCGGCGAUCAGACGCCAGCGAAUAUGACUGUACCUCAAACGCCUGCAUACGGGAUCGCCGGAUCGGGAAUUGCGACCCCUCUCACAAGAAACUCAUAUCAAGGACCCGAGAGGACGGCGGUACAGACACCUGUGCCGGAACUCGCUGACCAGCGUCAAGUCAAGGUGGAUCUCGAGCAGAAAGAGGUCGUUCUUGAGCCUCGUCGACGAGUCUGGAGCGCCUUGACGCCCUGGGGCAAAAAACGUUCGACAGCGGCUGUCGACAACGACGAGGAAGAGCACGUCAAGGUGAAACUACGGUUGGCAGACGUCAACCCGGCGCCGGCCAUGUGGCACAUCUUGAAACGACCCAACAACUUUUUGGCCGUGACUUGUUCCGGAUUGAUCUUUGCCGCUCAAUACACAAUUACGUUUACGGCCGCUGUGACAUUUGCAGCCCCUCCCUACGACUACACCCCGCUCAAGAUCGGUUUGCUGCUGCUGUCUUUCGGCGGUGGAAACAUCUUGGGAAGCAUUCUUGGCGGGCGAUAUAGUGAUCUAGUACUGCGCAAGUUGAAGAAGAAGAACGGAGGCGUCGGACAGCCAGAAAUGCGCUUGAAGAGUACGGUUCCAGCCAUGCCGGUCAUGGUCGCGUCAUUCCUGGUGUACGCAUGGACAAGUGACCAGAAGACCAAUGUGGCCGGGCCGAUUGUUGCGCUUGUUUUUGGAGGUUUCUCGCUAAUGGUAAUCUACGCCUCAACGCUUGCAUAUCUGGUGGAUGCAAAUCCUGGAAGGUCUAGCAGCGCUAUCGCUUGCAAUUCCUUCUUUCGGGGUACGUUCGCCUUCGUUGCCUCACAGGUUGCCCUGCCUAUCCGAAAUUCCAUCGGAGACGGCGGUCUUUAUACCAUCUUUUCAGGCUUGCUCGCGUUAUCGUGUUUAGGGUUUUGGGUAGUAAUCGCCAAUGGACAGGCUUGGCGUGACCCCGCUUGGCGUUGGCCGGGAUUUCGAGGAAACGAUAAGUAGGCAGGUAUGGCUCACCAAUAGCCACUGUAUCCAUAGUAUAGUGUACUUGUAUGUCUACGAAAGUUCAUGAGCGAGGACACCAGAGACUCGAUACGUGUUCUGACACAAAGAUUACCAU